CUCAGUCUAAUCUGGGCUCUUCCAAGGAGACAGCUUGUGGGCUGUAGGGAAGAGACAGAGCCUGCUGAGGAGAACACAGCCCGAGCUAUGAGUAGCUCAAAGAGAGUGACAUGAAUUGUGAGUAGAAGGUUGCAGGGGACAUAUGUUUAACCGGCUGAGGGAAGCUCAGUGGUUGUUAGUCAGGACAAGCUGAUCUGUUUAGUCAGUGACCAGAUGGUCUAGGAUUUUGUUUGUUCCUGCUUUUUGUUUAUUUCUUUCCCUGCAACCUGUCUAAUAAAACUGGCAAGGUGCCAGAUUUGCAUUAUAAACGUUUGUUUGCUGGUUUAUUGAGAAGAAACGCAUCCUGUGGCGUGGUCCAGCACGAUCCCAGAGCUAAUCCCCAAGACGGAUCGUCACAUUUUGGUGGAGGAUGCGGGCACGCCGUUGCUAAGGGCAACCCAUUGCCAAGGGCAACCAACAGGCGAGUUGGAGAGGAGCUGUUGCUAGGAGCAACCCCCAGCAAGAUUGCAAGUCGGAGGAGCCCAGCAGAGAAGUUCAAGCACAGUUUGGUGUCUGUGGAGCAGCGUUGCUAGGGGCAACGGAUCGAGAAUUUUUUUUCAAGAAAAUGGUACAACCUCGAAAGGCCGUUGCUGGGAGCAACCGACGUGGGCCACAAGCUGUGGUCGCCAAGAUGAAGCCAAGGUCCCGUGAGUUGUCGGUGGGCGGAAUCCCACUGUGGGUGGACUUGGAUUGUUGCCAGACUGUAUCUCAGAUUAUGCCAGAAAUAAUUCCAUUUGUGAAGUCCCGCCCGGAGCCCGGUAAGACUGUUCAAAUCACCUUUGAUACAUGUUUUGGGACAGUAAGCCAUAUGAUGGAGGUAUGUGCGGAACUUACAGUGGAAAUUGUACUGGGCAGAGACUUUCCGUAUUUCUGGCAGCUGUGGGAUGCUGAGAGUGCACCUGAGAGUUCGCACACAAAGGUUCCGGAAGGAGUGAGGACUGGGGGGUCUCUACUGGACUGUGUGAAUGGUGCUGUAUAUUGUGAACCAAUGCAGGCUGAUAAUGUUUUUCUUGAAACAGCAUAGCAGAUGUAUGCUAAGCAUAGCAGAUGUAUGCUAAGGUCAGUAUGGUGGCUCAGUGGUUAGCACUGCUGCCUUGCAGUGCUUGGGACUUGGGUUCAAAGCCCACUAAGGACAACAAUAAAUAAAGUGUUAUUAUUUUUAUUAAAAUAAUGUCAGCAGAGAGAACUGUGCUCGUGAUGUCAUCUGGUUUUGCUGGGAGCGCAACUCUACGAGCAGGUGGCUGUGCUGGCGGACAAUGAACAAUUGAGGAAACAAUUGCUGUCUUCGGAAGAUACUGUCAGGGACUUGACAGAGUUACUUGACAGUGAGAGGAUGAAGUCCGCUAAGCUCCAGUGUAAGCUGCGAAAAUGUGAGAAAAAGGAAGAGGACCAGGAAGUCCUAAAAGAGAGCAGAGACCAAGAUAUGGCGGAAUUGGCUCAAGAAAGGCUUCUGGGGCCAAAGUUACAGGAUACAGUUAUGUUUUCUCUGAAUGCCAAAAAGUCCACUAAAGCGAAGAUUGAGGUGAAGUCCUGUAAGAAGUCCCCUGAAGCUAGGACAGAGCCGAAACCUGGUGGGAAAUCCUCUGAAGUGGAGACUAAGGAGAAGAGAGGUGGGAAAUCCUCUGAACCUGAGCGGACCAAAAAUUCUGAAGGUAAUGCUGAGGCAGAGAAAUCCUCUGAAGCAGAAGCUAAACCAGAGUCAACCUCAAAAGCUGUGAGUAAAGAGAAUGGCACAGCUGAAGCUACAGGUGAAGAAAAGAGUCAGCCUGAAGAAGCUGCAGUAGUAGAAGCUGAUUCUACACAAGAAUCUGAGGGAGCCAAAGACUCUGAAGCCAAACCUGAGAUAGCUGGUGCCCCUGAAGAGAAAGAAGGUUGCAGGGGACAUAUGUUUAACCAGCUGAGGGAAGCUCAGUGGUUGUUAGUCAGGACAAGCUGAUCUGUUUAGUCAGUGACCAGACAGUCUAGGAUUUUGUUUGUUCCUGCUUUUUGUUUAUUUCUUUCCCUGCAACCUGUCUAAUAAAACUGGCAAGGUGCCAGAUUUGCAUUAUAAACGUUUGUUUGUUGGUUUAUUGAGAAGAAACGCAUCCUGUGGCGUGGUCCAGGACGAUCCCAGAGCUAAUCCCCAAGACGGAUCAUCACAAUAUAUAUAUAUAUAUAUAUAUAUAUUUAUUUAUUUCCAAAAAGAUUUAUAACAUUCUGGUUUCAUUUUGCCAUUGCAGGGUAUCGAGUGCACAAUGAUGGGGGAAAACAUAAUUUUUUCACUAUGAUUAUGUUAGCACAGGUUGCCUUUGCUUUAAUGAAAAACGUUGUUCACACCAAGGUAAAUUCAGGAGAUAAAAACUUCUAACGCAUUUCACGCAAUGUACGCUUGAUCAUAGAUAUUCUAUGAUUAAGUAGUACCUAGCUUGUUAAAUUUUAUAAUCCUCCCUGUUCACUGCCCCAUCAUGAUAAAGGUGAUUUGUAAGCAAAGCUAUCGUGCUGGACAACUCUUUUUCCUGUACUUCUUGCUAAGCUUGAAUGCACGCCCGGGCAUGAACAUGCAUUCAAGGAAAGGGUCAGCUGUUAUCUUGGUCAAGUGUGUAUUUUAGCACAAAGUUUCAACAUAACAAAAUGUGAAAAAAGUAAAAGGGUCUGAAGACAAUGGGGUUGAUUUUGUGGGUUUUUUCCUGACAGUAUUAUUUCCUAAUUUUUACAACUAUUUCCCUAUGCUUUUUUACAACAGUUCUAAACAGUUGGGUUUUCUAAAGCUCAAAGCUACCACAUUUUAGGUGGAAACCUUAGUAAAUAUGUUGGGUACACAACCCUUUUGUCGAUCUCACGCCCCUUUGUCAGGGACACACCCCUUUCCUCCAACAACCAUGCACCUUUUUCAGGUUUUUAUAUUGGAAAAAUUGAGUUUUUUUUAGUUCUCUACCAUGAUAUUGCUCUAUAUUUUCUGCUCAGGCUCAGAUUCACAGGAUGUUCCCCAGCAGGCGUGACAUCAUCUGAAGCCACAUACAGAGAACUUCCUCCCUCACUCUACUACACACAGCCCAGAGCAGUUCAGUGUGUGAGACAUGGCAAUUUCAUUACAUGCAGCACUGGACAGAAGCUGAAAGCAAGCAGGAUUUGUAAGACGUUAUCCUCCAUAAGGUAUGUGUUUACUUGAUAUAUGUCUCAGUAUAUAAAGUAUAUUGCCCUACACAAUGUGAGCUUGUGAAUCAUAAUAACAUUUCCAAUCUCCGAAUCCAAGGUUAAGAAAAUGAAGUGGGGAGCAUCUAAUGAACGGAACAAGACAAAUCACGAGGAAAAGAAAGAUGUAGAAAAAUAAGUUAACUUUCCUAGCUAGAAAAAAAACACAAAACAAAACAUGAGAGGGAAAAAAUAAGUUAUCCCCAUCUAACAGCCAAAUUCCUACAUAACUCAAUCUGGACAUCUCAUCUGGUGUGAACUGCACUCAUUCCUAGUGUAAACCCCACCGCGCUCUGCAAUGAUAUACUGUAAUGUCACAUCGCAAUCUGGAUUUACUAUAAAGGGCUGUGACGAGUUUCAGAGCAGUAAACAUUGCAGCGAGGUGUAUUUCACACUGAGCUGGUUUUUAUGAAGAACACUUCACCGCCCGGCUCCGGCGGCCCCAAUGAUGAAUGGUGAAAGAUGCGUGACAAGCUUCAUCAUUGUUUGUAAAUCUUAACUGUUCCUGCUCACUAACUCUGCAGGCAAUUUUCAAAGACAGCGGCCGACAGAAGGACAGCAUAGCUCCCAUGAAGGUUAUUCCACUCGUGCCGGGCGUAUUUUCCUGACGAAAAGACAAUUGUGCAACACCUAAUUAUAGAGGGAUCCUAAAAUUAACCCUAACCUUACCAUUUAUCAAAGAGAAGUUAUCAUCCACCAUGGCAAGACGUAAGUCAGCAAUCGAUUUACCACAACCUAACCUGGACCCAAAAGGCAGUACUUUCUUAUUUUAACCCCUUAAGGACUCAGCCCAUUUUCAGCUUAAGGACUAAAACAAUCUUCAAUUUAGCAUUUUCGUUUUUUACUCCUCACCAUCUAAAAAACAUAAUAUUAAAUUUUGAAUCUACAGACCCAUAUAAGGGCUUGUUCUUUUGCGUCACCAAUUGUACUUUGUAAUGACAUUACUUAUAUUACAACAUAAUAUGCAGCGAAACCAAAAAAAAUUAUUUGUGGGGUGAAAUGAAGAAAAAAAGAUGCCAUUUUGCAACUUUUUAGGGCUUCCGGUUCUACGCAGUGCCCUUUUCGGUAAAAAUGACACAUUAUCUUUAUUAUGUUUGUCCAUACGGUUACAGGGAUACCGUAUUUAUGUAGGUUUUAUUUAUUUUACUACUUUAAAAAAAACUUAUAACUACAUGCACCAAAAUUAGUGUGUUUAAAAUUGUCAUCUUCUGACCCCCUAUAACUUUUUUAUUUUUGCGCGUAUGAGGCUAUUUGAGGGCUUAUUUUUGGAGCUGCGGUCUGUAGUUUUUGGCGGUACCAUUUUUGUUUUGAUGGGACUGUUUGAUCGCUUUUUAUUAAUAUUUUUAUGGAAUAUAAAGUGAACAAAAAUUCACUAUUUUGGAGUUUAGUAUUUUUCAUUACGUGUACGCCAUCGACCAUGCGGUUUAGCUAACCUUAUAUUUUAAUAGUUCGGACAUAUUACCACAUAUGA